AUGGCUUUAAUGUUCCCGUGUCAUGUUCCGAUGCCUCCAUUGAAUUGGAGCGAACAUUUGUGGUUGCCCGAAAUCUCGCCCACUAAUGAAUCUUUCAUCACCACUGUUUUCGAGCAUCGAAAUCAGGCGAAUGUGAGUUUUUGAACGCGACGCGGUUUGCAACGCGGCUAUGGUAUUUAUGAUUUUUCCCACGAAAAUUAGCAUGAAAAGGGGAGAAUUCGAAAUAUUUUCGAAAAUAAUCGAUUUUUUUUCGCUUUUGCUAUUGUUGGACAUUGACUAAACGGCAUUUGCAUGUUUUUUAAGGAAGUUAGUUGAAACAUUGGGUUCUAAUGUUAUUCAUACGAUAGAAUGUUCUAAGACGAAGAGAAUGAUAUAAAUUUUGAUGACUUUGGGUUAUCCAUAAGUGAUUUAGCGAAAAAUAUCGACUAAACGUCGCUAAAUCACUUAUGGAUAACCCAAAGUCAUCAAAAUUUAUAUCAUUCUCUUCGUCUUAGAACAUUCUAUCCUAUGAAUAAUAUUAGAACCCAAUUUUUCAACUAAUUUGCUUAAAAAAUGUGAAAAUUUCAUGGCAAAACGUAAACUAAAAAAGAUUUCCCUCAUUUCUGAUGACUUCGAAAAUCGCAAAUAAUACUCCCUACAGAACAAUCAAGAGCUGCUUCGACACCUCUCCGACUCGGUCGCCGCCAUCCGCCAUCGUGAAGUCGAAGUCGAGGCGGAAGAUGCGCGAACACAAGCGGCUGCUGCGGCCGCCGCCGUCGCCAACGCACCCAUCCCUCCACCACCCACCUCGUCUGCCGCAUCCGCUGAACAACCACCGGCUGACGCUGAACCCGAAGUGAUUUUUGAGAGUUUGAAUACUGGAAAUAUGCCGCCAGCUCCACUUGAUCCAUAA